UUUAAAAAGAGGACGUCGGAUUGGGAGUUUGGGAUAAUUCUGACGGAGAGGACAGUGAGAAGUUGAAUAUAUCACUCUUUGGUUCACUGAAGGAAGAGAGAGGGAGCGAGGGAGAGAGGGACCAAGGGAGAGCAUAGACGGAGGACGUGUGCCCAUGAGGUCGUUGCUGUUGGUGCUCCUGCUCAUUGGCAUCCAGGCUGUACUGAACAUGGAAGGGGCCCUGGGCCCGGUGGCUGCCAACCACAGUGCAGAACACCACACAGCAGCCAACCACAGAGCAGAACAGCACACAGCAGCCAAUGGCAGAGCAGAACAGCACACAGCAGCCAAUGGCAGAGCAGAACAGCACACAGCAGCCAAUGGCAGAGCAGAACAGCACACAGCAGCCAAUGGCAGAGCAGAACACCACACAGCAGCCAAUGGCAGAGCAGAACAGCACACAGCAGCCAAUGGCAGAGCAGAACUACAGAGGAUGGCCCGCCUGUCAGUGUCACCUCAGCAGGAGCAGCCAGCAGCAGACAGGGAUACUCAGCAGAGACCCAGCCGGACCAGACAGGCCCACAGACCAGCCUCUCUACCCCAGGACAGGAGUUCUUCCCUGGGCCACUCUGAGACAGACUCCUCCUCUUCCCCCUCCAUCCCUGAGGUGGACCCCAAACUGUUCAGCAAGCGGAAGUACCGCACCUCAUCACGCGUCGUCUUCAGCGACGUACCCCCCUCUCACCACACCCUGGGGGAGAGAGUGAGGGUGAGGCGGAAGGCGGGGGGCAGCCCAUGCACAGGGGAGUACUCCGUGUGCGACAGCAUCAGCGUGUGGUUGGGGAACCUGACCAAGGCCACAGACAUCGCCGGCAACGAGGUGGAGGUUCUGCCAGAGGUGAAGAUAGACAACGUCCGCAAGAGACAGUUCUUCUACGAGACCACCUGCCGCGUGGCCACACCCCGGGGCGGAGCUGGGGCUAGGGGAGGGGCCAGUGGAGGCAUUUCUAAAGCAGGGUGCCGCGGCAUCGACAGCCGUCACUGGAACUCGUACUGCACCAACACGCACACGUACGUGCGCGCGCUCACCAAGUCCAAGGAGCAGACGGCGUGGAGACUGAUACGCAACGCAGCGUGUGUGUGUGUCCUCAGCCGCAAGUCCUGGAGGCACUGACCUCUCACCCCUAGGACUAUGGACCCAUAUAUAUACACACACACACACACACACACACACACACACACACACACGCACGCACGCACGCACGCACACACAAACAAACAAACACCGAUUGCACAGUCAGAAAACAACCUUGAAACAGCCACUACGGAUGUAUUGUAGUGUUAGACUCCACUCCCACACUCAGACACACUCCCACACUCAGACACACUCCCACACACAGACACACUCCCACACUCAGACACACUCCCACACACAGACACACUCCCACACUCAGACACACUCCCAAACACAGACACACUCCCACACACACAGACACACUCCCACACUCAGACACACUCCCACACACAGACACACUCCCACACUCAGACACACUCCCACACUCAGACACACUCCCACACUCAGACACACUCCCACACACACAGACACACUCCCACACACACAGACACACUCCCACACACAGACACACUCCCACACACAGACACACUCCCACACACAGACACACUCCCACACACAGACACACUCCCACACACAGACACACUCCCACACACAGACACACUCCCACACACUCCCACACUCAGACACACUCCCACACUCAGACACACUCCCACACACAGACACACUCCCACACACAGACACGCUCCCACACACAGACACACUCCCACACACAGACACACUCCCACACACAGACACACUCCCACACACAGACACACUCCCACACACAGACACACUCCCACUCACAGACACACUCACCUGUAUCCGACCAGCCCCUUCCCCUCUCCCUACCUCAGUCAGAUUUCUGGUUCUUCUAACUUAUGAGGACUGCAUGUCAUAUUUAUAGUUUAUACAGUGGAAUAUAUAUUAAAUAAGUGUAUAUAUACAGUGCCUUCGGUAACUACUCAGACCACAUGACUUUUCAACAUUUUCUUACGUCACAACCUUAUUCGAAAAUUAUUCAAAUAAAAUAAAUUGCUCAUCUAACAACACACAAUACCCCAUAAUGACAAAGAGAAAACAGGUUUGUAAACAUUUUUGCAAAUGUAUUAAAAUUCACAACAGAAAUACCUUAUUUACAUAAGUAUUCAUACCCUUUGAUAUGAGACUCGAAAUGGAACCACCAAGACUCUUCCUAGAGCUGGCCGCCCGGCCAAACUAAGCAAUCAGGAGAGAAGGGCCUUGGUCAGGGAGGUCACCAAGAACCCAAUGUUCACUCUGACAGAGCUCUAGAGUUCCACAUGUGGAGAUGGGAGAACCUUCCAGAAGGACAACCAUCUCUGCAGCACUCCACCAAUCAGGCCUUUAUGGAAGAGUGGCCAGAUGGAAACGGCUCCUCAGUAAAAGGCACAUGACAGCAUGCGUUAAGUUUGCCAAAAGGCACCUAAAGACUGUCAGACCAUAAGAAACAAGAUUCUCUGGUCUGAUGAAAACAAGAUUGAACUCUUUGGCCUGAAUACCAAGCAUCACAUCUGGAGGAAACCUGGCACCAUCCCUACUGUGAAGCAUGGUGGUGGCAGCAUCAUGCUGUGGGGAUGUUUUUCAGCAGCAGGGACUGGGAGACUAGUCAGGAUCAAGGGAAAGAUGAACAGAGCAAAGUACAGAGAGAUCCUUGAUGAAAACCUGCUCCAGCGCGCUCAGGACCUCAGACUGGGGCGAAGGUUCACCUUCCAACAGGACAACGACCCUAAGCACAAGUAAAGGGUCUGAAAACUUACUUAAAUGUUAUUUAUUUUUAUUUCAUUUUUUAAAUAUAAAUUAGCAACAAUUUCUAAAAAUGAUUUUCUCUUUGUCAUUACGGGGUAUUGUGUGUAGAUUGAUGAGGGGGAAAACUAUUUAAUACAUUUUAGUGUGAGGCUGUAAAGUAACAAAAUGUGGAAAAAGUCAAGGGGUCUGAAUACCAUUCGAAGGCUGUACAUCAUGAAUUCACCUUUUUGUUGUUGUUGAUGAUGAUGCUGUUAUUUAUUAAACACUUCAGUACA